CCAUUCGGGUGCUUGAUGUAUGCACGCCCGUAUUGAUAAGCUCGUGCGUCAAUAAUCUAGUCCACCUGUGAUACCUCCAUAUUUGCCUCAUUUUGGCUUUUGCAAUUUGCAUCUGGUGGCGAGUCGCGACGUUCACAGCCUCAAUUGGUCGGACAAUACCGGUAGCCCACUGGCCCCCUUUCCUUGUACCGUCCCACUCCGCAUACCCAUUCCCUGAACUCGAACUUUCACAGCAGGCUCAAACGGCUGGUUAGCUGUUACAGAUACCACAGCAUUGAAAUCCGGUAAAUCCUGUUCAACUUUACUGGAAACAAUUCAUACACUCAGUUGCAUCUGGUUCGAUGCCAGAGACGUGCAGGACCGCGAAGGAAAAGGUGGAAGACUUGCAGAUUGAACAAGACCCAAAAUCUUUCUUUCCGCUCGAUGGGUUGCGAAGUUAUUUCAAAGAACAAAAGGUCCGAGAGAUCCUGUUGUGUGCAUGUUCGCAAUGCAGAGAGGAUGCGCGAAUGUUUAACAGUCGCAUCGCCCGAGAGAAUUACGUGGACAUGAUUAUGGGUGGAUCAGAGCCCAAAGACCUCACCAAGACCUACUACAGCGUAUUUGGUCUUCUAGUCUUCGUAGAACAUCCUUUGUUCAUCAUCGGCUUUCUGGAGAACAGAUGCAACGACUACAUCCUGGAAUCCUGGGUGACGCGCUCAAUCGAUUUCUCCCGCGAGCGGUUGAGGACUCUUACAGGAGAUUACCAGCAGCGCAGCGCAGCGGGGUUCGACAGAUUCGUGCGGAGAUUUACUUCUAGCCUGUCCAAGUUCUCAGUACCACAUUUGGGACCAGACGGAUUUUCGUUGUAUCGCGAGAAGGCCGUCUUCCCCUUCAUCGAGGAAAAACAGAUAGGUCAGAGACGUGAUGAGAAUGGCCAGUUGACGUCAGAGGGUGCAAAUGGAAAAGUGUUUGCUUUCAGAAUCCAGCGCGAAUACAAUCGCUUUCCGCAUUCAAGUUCAAGGACUGAGUACGUGCGGAAGCGCAUCGAGACGUCUCAGCCUAAACAGUACUUGGAGCACUCCAACAUCGACUACGUGCAGCAGUUUGCAGAUAACCAUAUCGUAAAACUCGUGAAGGCUUACGGUCACGGUGACAGCGUCAAUCUCAUCUUUCCUCGAGCCUGGACAAAUCUUGACCAUCUUCUUCGCGACCGAAAUUUCGGCUACAGUGACAAGAGAGAUGCUCGGCUCGAGUUGGCAGAUGCAUGGAAGCAGCUGCUCGGAAUCUCCAGAGCAUUGAAGAAGAUACACGGCUUUGGAAAUGGCCGGUCGAAUGGCACUGUGGACGAACAACUGUGCAUCCACUUCGACCUGAAGCCAGAUAACAUCCUUAUCGAGCGGGAGAAUGGGAACUGGUUGAUAACAGAUUUCGGUCAGUCUGCGCUCACAAAGCGUCGAAGGGGCACAACACCUCGAAUAGGCGGCCAUUUUGGGACUGAUGCAUACGCUCCACCGGAGAUUGACGACGUGAACAUGGAGUUCGGUCGCGCCUACGACAUCUGGUCUUUGGGCUGUAUCAUGCUAGAGGUGACUGCCUUCAUGGUGCUGGGUCCCGCUGGUUUGACCGGUUCCGGUAGUUUUGUUGGCUUAGACCAAGCACGUCGCGCCAUGCCACAUUGGGCAAGAAACAGCAACGAGAGAUUCUUCUACCAAGAAGUUCCGAGUGGAGCAUAUAUGGUCAAGAAAGAUAUCCAAACCUUCAUGGUCAAUCUUGAAAGCAGCCAUGGGCGCUACGCUAAUAGCGAAGAAAGUAAGGCAUUUUUGAAUAAGAUUCUUGGCCUGAUCAAUCGCAUGUUGAAACCGAAAGUUGCGGACAGGGUGGGUAUCUCUAUGGUGGUCGACAUCCUGUCGAGUGCCCUCAGGCGAGCCUCGGCAGGGGCAAUCGAGCAAAGGCCGCAUCAGAUCAUCUCUGAAGCUGGCGAACAUGUUCUCGGAGAACCAGAUUUGAGUAAAAUUGAACUCUGGCACUGGUCAGCGGCAAACCGAGAGUGGGAGGAAUGCAGGCUGGCCAUCUUAAAGAGCGAGGCCAACUUCAUGCGUCUUCACUGUUGGGGUCAAGGACACGUGCCGCAAGAUGUCAAUCUUCCCCACAGCAGUGUCAAGAUGCUGCCACUUUACGCAUUUUGGGAUCCGGCUAGGUUUCGAGAUUCGAACGCAUGGCUAGACCUCCUGGUAAUGAGCACCGAACGAUGUUCAGUCGUUCCCAACGCCAAGUUCGCAUUCAAUGGAGACUCUGGGCUCGAUGACGCACGACAAGUGCAGUCUAUCCUAACCUCACAACACAUUGUUGGCAGCUUUCCGCUAAGCCAAGUCAAGCUGACCAGAGCAAGCUCAGCUGUAGCAGCGCUAAACCGAGUCUAUCGCAAGAUUCGACCGACAAGUGGCAAUGCACCUGCAGAGGCUAGCAGCAAGAUGUUUACCAUGACUUCAGCAACAGUCCAGAUUUGGGCUGAACAACAGGAUGCAGUGCUAAGACAAUCGAUGAGGAGAGAGUUCCGCGGGACGCAAGAGUCCGCAGCAGGACGACCUGUACGGGGUUUCGAUGGGGCUCGCCCGAGAAACUCUCCACGUCGACUGUGUAUUUACCUCCAUGAGCCACGCUUCAUUUGUACGAUCAGGAUUGAUGUGAACUGGGUGCUCGAAUCAGACUCGUCCGAUGUCAAACUGUAUCUUAAACCGCGCUCGUCAGCGGGUGCGAAAGCAAUCUAUGCAUCCUGGCUCCGGCCAACGCUUGAGGAACGUGCGGCUGGCCACCCAGCAGGAAUACCUCUGGAUCCAAAAGUGCUGCGCUAUCACGAGGAUUCGGACAGCAUCGAGCUUGAAGAUGUUGAACUGACAUUCUUGAGCUCAAAUGUGUUGGACACGUUCAGAUCAGUGUAUGACGAUACGAAAGAGGCUUGGGCAAUUGAGCGCAGUGAAAGAGAGGAUAGGACCGAGGUGAACAGCAAGCCUGAGGGUACAUUACGGGUUCCUGAUGGCACGGUUCGUCUUCCCGAUUCCAGGAACAGGGUGUCGAUAUUCGCACGAACGAUCGAGCGUGAGGACCUGCAAUCAGCAUCCAGUGCAAGCACCUCGGGCAGCAGGCAUGAUUCUACGUUGGAAAAUCGGAUGGGGCCCUUGCAGAAUCCCGAUUAUCUUGUGGUUCCUCCACCAAAUUGAGGGGCCUGUAGGCUAUAUGAGUUGCGGUAAACAGUGGCGCGGCUACUGGAUAUCUCAGGUAGUCUCGGUCACCGUCAAGAUUACACGAAGAGCGUCCCUCACCCUGCUGCUGGCUCUGUGCGAUCCCU